AGGUGACUUCGCUGUCUUCAAGCUUGCCCACGUACUCGGAUCGCUACAAGCAUAAGAAAUACAGGAAAUAAUUCUCUUCCUCUUCUUCUUCUUCUUCCACGGCUCACCACAGGUUGUUGAUCCACUUGCGGGCCGGACCAGACAGAUAAACUGCCAGAUAAGAGCAUUGCAGCGGAGGACAGGCAUGGAGGAAGACCAGAGCCGGGGGCUCGGGCUCGCCGGAGAGACGCCUGGUCUCAAGCACGGCAAUGGCGUCAGCAACAGCUCGGAGGACCCAGGGAGCGCCGGCGACGGCAUCAGCUCCCUGGAGAAGCCCCUGCUGAAGAGAAGCAACACGCUCACCUCCAGCCACCUCGCCAUGGUCGGCGCCAAGGUGUCGCACAUCGAGAGCCUCGACUACGAGAUCAUCGAGAACGAUCUGUUCAAGCACGACUGGAGGAGCCGGUCCAACGUGGAGGUGCUGCAGUACAUCUUCCUCAAGUGGUCGCUGGCGUUCCUGGUGGGGCUCCUCACCGGCGUCAUCGCCUCGCUCAUCAACCUCGCCAUCGAGAACAUCUCCGGCCUCAAGAUGCUCCACAUGGUCCACCUCGUCAGGGAGAAAAGGUACUGGGCCGGCUUCUUCUACUUCUCCGGCUUCAACUUUGUGCUGACGUUCAUCGCCGCCGUGCUCUGCGUCGUCUUCGCCCCCACCGCCGCCGGCCCGGGCAUCCCCGAGAUCAAGGCCUACCUCAACGGCGUCGACACGCCCAACAUGUUCGGCGCGCCGCAGCUCAUCGUCAAGAUCAUAGGCAGCAUCUGCGCGGUGUCGUCGGGGCUGGAUCUCGGCAAGGAAGGCCCGCUGGUGCACAUCGGCGCGUGCCUCGCCAACCUGCUCAGCCAGGGCGGCUCCGGCCGGUUCCGCCUCCGCUGGAGGUGGCUGCGCUACUUCAACAACGACCGCGACCGGCGCGACCUCAUCACCUGCGGCGCGUCGUCCGGCGUGUGCGCCGCGUUCCGGUCGCCCGUGGGCGGCGUGCUGUUCGCGCUGGAGGAGGUGGCCACCUGGUGGCGGAGCGCGCUGCUGUGGCGCACCUUCUUCAGCACGGCCACCGUGGUGGUGGUGCUUCGCGGCUUCAUUGAGGUGUGCCGCGGCGGGCGGUGCGGCCUCUUCGGCGAGGGCGGGCUCAUCAUCUUCGACGUCAGCGACGUCACCGUCCGGUACCGGCUGGGCGACCUCCUCCUGGUCACGCUAGUCGGCGUCAUCGGCGGCGUCCUCGGCGCGCUCUACAACCACGUCCUCCACAUGGUGCUCCGGCUCUACAACCUCAUCAACGACAAGGGCCGGAUGGCGAAGCUGGCGCUGGCGCUGGCCGUGUGCGUGUUCACGUCGGCGGGGCUGUACGUGCUCCCCUUCGCCGUGCCGUGCACGCCGUGCGACCCGGCGUUCGGCGCCGCGUGCCCGGCCACCGGGAGGAGCGGCAACUUCAAGCAGUUCAACUGCCCCGCCGGGCAGUACAACGACCUGGCCACCCUCCUGCACGCCACCAACGUGGACGCCACGCGCAACAUCUUCUCCACCGGCACCCCCGGCGAGUUCCGGCUGGACUCGCUGCUCAUCUUCUUCGCCAUCUACUGCGUGCUGGGGCUCUUCACCUUCGGCAUCGCCGUGCCGUCGGGGCUCUUCCUCCCCAUCAUCCUCAUGGGCGCCGCCUACGGCCGUAUCGUGGCGCUCGUGCUCCAGAGCACGGUGGCGGCGAGCAUCGACCACGGGCUCUACGCCGUGCUCGGCGCGGCGGCGCUCAUGUCGGGCUCCAUGAGGAUGACCGUCUCGCUCUGCGUCAUCUUCCUGGAGCUCACCAACAACCUCCUCCUGCUGCCCAUGACCAUGUUCGUGCUGCUCAUCGCCAAGACCGUCGGCGACGCCUUCAACCCCAGCAUCUACGAGAUCAUCCUGGACCUCAAGGGGCUUCCCUUCCUAGAACCCAAGCCGGAGCCGUGGAUGAAGGACCUCACCGUGGGCGAGCUCGCCGCCGCCAAGCCGCGCACCAUCAGCCUCCAGGUGGUGGAGAAGGUGUCGACCGUCCUCGAGGUGCUGAAGAACACCGGCCACAACGGUUUUCCGGUGGUGGACCGGCCUCGGCCCGGCCUGUCGGAGCUGCACGGGUUGGUCCUCCGGUCGCACCUCGUGGCCGUGCUCAGGAAGCGGUGGUUCCUGGCGGAGAAGAGGAGGACGGAGGAGUGGGAGGCCAGGGAGCGGUUCUCGUCGGUGGAGCUCGCCGACAAGAACUGCAAGAUCGACGACCUCGAGCUCACGCCGGAGGAGCUGGAGAUGUACAUCGACCUCCACCCGUUCACCAACACGACGCCCUACACCGUGGUGGAGACCAUGUCGGUGGCCAAGGCCGUGGUGCUGUUCCGCUCCGUCGCGCUCCGGCACAUGCUCAUCAUGCCCAAGUACCAGGGCCCCGAGAUAUCUCCGCUUGUGGGGAUCUUGACGAGGCAGGACCUGCGGGCGCACAACAUCCUCGGCGCGUUUCCUCACCUCGCGAAGAAGAGCAAGACGCACUGAAGCUGAAGCUCAAGCUGCCUGAAAGCCAGCACCAUUUUUGUUUUGGGAAUUACUGUUACUGUCGACGUGUUUCCUGUCUUGAAGCAAGAGCCACAUGAUUCACUUGCUGGCGCCACGAUUCUUUCUUUUCUUCCUCAUUCUUCUCUGUAAUUAGGUUCAGGAUUUGCUUGCGUCUCAUUUUUUUUUCUUUUCUUCGGGGAGUGGCUGAAUAAUUUGCUGCCCAUGUAAAAUCACAAAUACGCCCAUGAUGCAAUAAGCAGAGUUUUUUCUUUAAGUUUCAAA